AUGGCAGGCGGGAGCCGCGACCUGCACAUCGCCACCUUGAGCAGCGUCGGGAGCCGGUGGGCUGCCGUGCCGAGCAGCGAGCCCUUCCUGCUCUCCCUGCCGGAGCCCUGGCUCCAGGCUGGGAUCUCCCCCGUUUUUUUGGGCUGCGGCGUUGCCGACAGCCCCAGGACUGUCUUUGGUGUGGACAAGCUGCAGGCACAGAAGCUGAGGCUGGCACACAGCCGGGGACCCUACUACAGCGGCUCCCUGCCCAACGUCAACCAGAUCGGCAGCGGCGUCUCCGACUUCCAGGGCCCUUUGCAGUCCCCGCUGGAUUCCACGCGCAGCACCCGGCACCACGGCCUGGUGGAGCGAGUUCAGCGGGACCCGCGCCGGAUGAUGUCCCCCCUUCGCCGCUAUGUCCGACAGAUCGACAGCUCUCCCUACGGACCGACCUACCUGUCGCCUCCGCCCGAGCCCAGCUGGAGGAGGACCAUGCCCUGGGGUAACUUUCCCGUGGAGAAAGGACAUUUGUUUAGGCUGCCGUCGGCUCUCAACAGAACAAAUUCCGACUCGGCGCUUCACACGAGCGUGAUGAACCCCAACCCCCAGGACGCGUACCUGGGCCCCUCGCAGGGCGCCCCGCCGCCUGGCCGCCGGAGCGGUGAGCUGUUUCUUUUCCAAGUGCCUCCCAUUGAAGAGACCUUCGACGACAACAAGCAUUCGCUGAAGCCCUGGGACACCAAGAAGCUCUCCUCAUCCUCGGCCCGUCCGCGCUCCUGUGAAGUCCCUGGGAUCCACAUAUUUCCAUCCCCGGAUCAGCCUGCCAACGUCCCCCUCAUCCCCUCGGCCCUCAACACGGGUGGCUCCCUUCCCGACCUCACCAAUCUGCACUUCCCCUCCCCGCUGCCCACCCCUCUCGACCCGGACGAGACCGCGUACCCCAGCCUGAGCGGGGGCAACAGCACCAGCAACCUGGCCAACACCAUGACGCACCUGGGCAUCAGCGGCAGCAUGGGACUGGGGACGGGCUACGACUCGCCAGGACUUACCUCACCUAUGCAGAGCUCCCUGAGUAACCCGUCCCUGCAGUCCUCGCUUAGCAACCCCAACCUCCAGGCCUCCCUGCGAAGCCCCUCGCUCCAGUCUUCCCUCAGCAACCCCUCGCUCCAGUCCUCCCAAAGCAGUUCCUCCAUCCCUUCCUCGCUCUCCAACCAGUCCCUGCCUUCCUCCCUCUCCUCCUCGCUCAGCAAUCCCUCCCUCCCCACGUCCCCCCGCAGCCAGCCCAUGCAGUCCUCCCCCAGCAACCCCAGCCUGCCCUCCGGCUUGAGCGGCUCUUCCUACGCCCCCAUGGUGCAGGCGUCCAUAAACACCUCGCCCCGCCGACGGGUCCCGCUCAGCCCCCUCACCCUCCCAAUGGGUGGCGACUCCAGAAGGCAGCACCCCAAACAGUUCUCACCAACAAUGUCACCCACAUUGUCCUCCAUCACCCAGCAGCAGCAGCAGCAGCUGGGACAGCCCCUGAGCGACUUCGGCUUGGGCAGCUUUGAGCAGUUUGGGAUGGGGGAAAGCCCCACCGGCAACAGCGGCGGCUUCCCCGAGGAGCUGGGGAGCCUGAGCUACCCCCCAACCGAGGGGGGCUACGACCCCCACGUCCUCAACCGGCAAAACCUGAGCAACUGCAGCCGCCACGGCCCCAUCCCCAACAUCAUCCUCACAGGUGGGUGGGCCCAUCCUCACAGGUGGGUGGGCAGGGGACACCGGCAGCCCCCCGCGGGGCGCGGGAUGUCGGAUGGGGGGUCCUGA